AGAGAACAGCCAGAUUACAGCACUAGACUCUCUUAAGUCUCUUACAUCUGGAAGUCCCAAACAAAGGCUUUUAGAAAUCACUUCAACCCAGAAACCAGAGCAAGACAUUUUUCAUCUGACCCCUCUGUUGGGAAAUGUGAAAAAAGAUGAGCUAAGUGACGUGCUGGUUCAUUCUUUCCAUGUCUUUGGCGCUGACCCUGCGGGGAUAUGGGUCAUUUGAUGCAUGAAGGAGUGAGGAGUUCCAUGUGUGAGAAGUUUGGCUGCCUCUCCUGAGUCACUUGGACUGAUCUUAGAUGUGCACAGGACUGCGUUUUCUUAAUUAAAAGUGGACUUCUUUUGAAAUCUCUGGGAAAGGCUUGUUUGGUAGUAGUAUGCAGCAGCCUGUAGUCUCCUGCAGUAUGCCAGCAGAGGAAAUCGAGAGUGUGCGUCUUCCUGUGGGUUGGAAAAGCUACAGAUCACCUGAGGGACGGAAAUACUAUGUCAACGCAAGCACUAAAGAGACAACGUGGGAACGGCCAAGCACAUCCACCACCAACCCAAAGGCUUCUGGGUCUUACCAACACUCAGUAAAUGGACGUCAGCUUCUUGGAGCCUCUGGACAAGUACUGGAGCGUCCAGAUGUGUCCCUGAGGAAGACCAGCCUCAGCAACCAGAGCCCAGGGUCCACCUCCCCAGCCAGGAGACAGAAUAAGGAGAAGGAGAUCAAGGAGACCAAAAUCACUAUUAACUGCGUCACCUUCCCUGUGCCCACGUCUGCGCCGGAGCAGCAGCUUCUCAAGCCCAGUGAAUGGAGCUACUGCGACUAUUUCUGGGCCGAUAAGAGGGACCCUCAGGGGGCCACAGUGUCAGGGUUCGAAGUGCUGCUGCAGAAACAACUGAAGGGGAAGCAGAUGCAAAAAGAGAUGGCAGAGUUCAUCAGAGAAAGGAUAAAAAUCGAGGAGGAAUAUGCCAAGAACCUUUCCAAACUCUCCAUGUUCCCAAUGGCAGCACAAGAGGAAGGGACAAUUGGAGAAGCUUGGGCCCAACUUAAGAAGAGUUUAGCUGAUGAAGCCGAGGUCCAUCUCAAGUUCUCCUCAAAGCUCCAGAGUGAAGUCGAGAAGCCUUUACUGACCUUCAGAGGAGACAACUUUAAAAAAGACAUGAAGAAAUACGACCACCACAUCGCUGACCUGAGGAAGCAGCUGGUCAGCCGUUACGCUGCUGUGGAGAAGGCACGGAAGGCUUUAGCAGAUAGACAGAAGGAUCUUGAAGUGAAAACACAGCAGCUUGAGAUUAAAUUGAGCAACAAAACAGAGGAGGAUAUUAAAAAAGCCCGGAGGAAAUCCACACAAGCAGGUGAUGAUCUGAUGCGUUGUGUGGACCUUUACAAUCAGGCCCAGUCAAAGUGGUUUGAGGAGAUGGUCACCACAAGCCUGGAGUUGGAGAGGUUGGAGGUGGAGCGGGUAGAGACGAUACAGCAGCUUCUGCGUCAGUACACCACACUGCGGCAUGAGACGGACAUGUUUAACCAAAGUACGAUGGAGCCGGUGGACCAGCUCCUGCAGAGUGUGGAUCCUGCCAAAGACAGAGAGCUCUGGGUAAAGGAACACAAGACGGGGGAUCUGAGACCUGUGGACAUGGACAUCUAGACAAAACACACACACACACACACACAUAUUAUACUAUAUGAAUCUACCUGCAUGCCUGUCUACCUGAGUACUUCAACCUCUCAGCCAAAGCCAUACAGGUAUCACACCCCUUAAAGCACUGCUUGUUUUGUGGAUUUCCACUGAAUAUAUCAGAUAAUUACAAACUCGAAGCUUUAUAGAAGAUUUCCUCAAUGUCGUGUGGAAUGAGUGGUGGGAAAAGGACAGCAGCACAGCAGAUACAGCAUUAUGAUACUGAGUAGCUAUCCAUAUAAUCCUGCAUGUCCUUUAAGAUGCUACUUUAAGACUUCCCGGUAUGUCUAUUAUACAUUAACAUAACUCAAGUAGUCAAGGCACCAUUGAUAUAGAUCUGAACAAACACUGUACAGUAAAAUACCUUUUUGUUUAUUGCCGCAGUGGAUGCCUGCUAAACAAAUUUCAUCCAAUCAGUUUUUUUCUCUCUCUUUUUUGGUGUUGAAAUAGUGUACGCACACAGCUAGUUUGCAGAUACAGCUGAAGUCAAAAGUUUACAUACACCUUGCAGAAUCUGGAAAAUGUUAAUUAUUUUACCAAAAUAAGAGGGAUCAUACAAAAUGCAUGUUGUUUUUUUAUUUAGUACUGACCUGAAUAAGAUAUUUCCCAUAAAAUAUGUUUACAUAUAGUCCACAAGAGAAAAUAAUAGUUGAAUUUAUAAAAAUGACCCUUUAUAAAAAUGACCCUGUUCAAAAGUUUACAUACGCUUGGUUCUUAAUAGUGUUGUUACCUGAAUGAUCCACAGCUGUUUAGUGAUAGUUGCACAUGAGUUCUUUGUUUGUCCUGAACAGUUAAACUGCCUGCUGUUCUUCAGAAAAAUCCUUCAAUUUCCACAAAUUCUUCGGUUUUUCAGCAUUUUUGUGUUUUUGACUCUUUCCAACAAUGACUGUAUGAUUUUGAGAUCCAUCUUUUCACACUGAGGACAACUGAGGGACUUAUAUGCAAUUAUUACAGAAAGUUCAAACACUCACUGAUGCUCCAGAAGGAAAAACAAUGCAUUAAGAGCUGGGGGUGAAAACUUUUGGAAUUUGAAUAUCAGGGUAAAUUUAACUUAUUUUGUCUUCUGAGAAACAUGUAAGUAUCUUCUGUAGCUUCUGAAGGGAAAUACUAAAUGAAAAAAACAAAUGAUAUUAAGGCAAAAUAAGAAAAAUGUACACAUCUUCAUUCUGUUCAAAAGUUUUCACCCCCUGGCUCUUAAUGCAUGUUUUUUCCUUCCUGAAGCAUCAGUGAGCGUUUGAACCUUCUGUAAUAGAUACAAUAAUUGUUAGAAAGGGUUCAAAUACACAAAAAUGCUGAUUUUUCUGAAGAACAGCAGGCAGUUUAACUGUUCAGGACAAACAAGGGACUCAUGAACAACUAUCACUAAACAAAAAAACACAGCUGUGGAUCAUUCAGGUAACAACACAAUGUUAAUAAUCAAGUGUAUGUAAACUUUUGAACUGGGCCUUUUUUUUAAUAAAUUCUACUAUGAUUAUUUUAUAUGUUAAGAUCUUUUAUGUGAGAUAUCUUAUUCAGGUCAGUACUAAAUGAAAAAUAACAUGCAUUUUGUAUGAUCCAUCUUAUUUUGGUAAAACAAUGAACAUUUUGCAGAUUCUGCAAGGUGUAUGUAAAAUACUGACUUAAACUUUUGGACUAAAGCGUGAGUCAGACAACUUCAGGAUGCCGUACAGGUGUUCAAAAACCUCAAAAAUGAUUAAUCCUUUGCAAAAAUAACCAGCAUCAAAGUUACAGGGGGAAAAAAGUUAGUGGUUAUAUUGUUAAAUCUGUAUUGUAUUAAAAAAAAAGUUGUUUUGCAACAAGGAAUGCAGUGGAAAUGCAAUUUUCACAAACUCCACAUAAACUGCUGGCGAAUCUACAGCCUUCCUAAUAAGAGAGAGGUCAGGUUGUGUUGUUUAAGUAUGGAAUUGAUAUAUUUUCAUAUCUUUGCAGAUUUAUUUUACAGAAAAGCAUGUUUUGUCUAAAUGUAGGACUAGUGUGUGGUUAAUGGAUGUGUAAGUUGAGUGGUGCUGGUUAGUCCAUUGAUUGUGUUCAUGGAAGACGUGUCAACUAACCAGGACUCGAUAGCAAAGUCAUAUAAUUUUUCCCAGUUGAAGCCAAGAAACCCCCUUAUGCAGUCAGAUUUUACUCUGUUGGCAUCUAAAUUUCUUCUGUAGGUUGCUGUGAAGCGAUUUAUGGACUGUUUCUUAAUGGUGAAAUUAUAUGGUUCGGCUGUAGAAUCCGGGUGUCAAUCAAAGGUGGAUCCGAUGUGAACUCUAAUGAUUUGUGUUAUAAUGUACACCUUUUAGUGCCUAAAGGUUAAUUGCCUUGGAAUGUUCACAAUCUAUUGUGUUAAGUGUUUGUACAUAAUUGUAAAUAUGUGCGUGGCGUUUUUUGUCCGUGUUUGUCGUCGGGCUCAUCCUACAUCACGUCUCGAUAGUCUUCGUCAUGCUACGUUUUAAAAUAUACGUAAACAUUUGACUGGAUGCCACAGUUUUCUGCUGAAUGCACAUUGUCAUAGGCAGCUAAUUCUCACACUGUUCAAACUGGAAGAUAGAGGAAACGUUGCAAUUUUCAAACUUUAUACAGCGAUAUUGAGAAAUUUGAUAUAUUUAUAUAGCACAGGAAGUCAAAGCACACUUUGGAAAAUGAAAACGUCUGUGCUUUCGUUCAAAUUCCUAUCAGAUUUGUAUUUAUUUUUACUAUCGGUCAGUAUGAUGAAGAACAUCAGUGGCUAGAGUUAGAUAAAAACAAGCAUGGAAACAAGCGUGCAGAAAUCUCGCAAAUAAACUCAUGCACACCAGAAAUACAUAAUUUGAGAAUAUUGUAAAACAUGUCCGAUAAUGUGAACGUAAGUCUAAAAUUCACAAGUCAAAAUGCUGAAAGGUAUUUUUAUUUUCUGUAUUAUUAGGAAGUUACUAAUAAUCACUCUGUUUUCACCUGACAUGGGGUAUGACUGGUUUACAUUUGCUGUUGAGCAUGUAACAAGUUUUACUGUACUGCAUUGCCCAAGCUAUUCUAGAACUACAUGUUGCAGAAGUUGUAUUGAAACUUGAUGUCAAUGGUGUGCAUUAUGUGUAUUCUGAAGAACCGUUCAGUUGAAUGUCUUGUGUUCCGAACUAGAUCUUUUGUAUAUCUAUAUAUAAUAUUGUAAAUGUUGAUUUAUUUGCUCUCAACUUAAUAGUCUUCAUUGAUAAUAUUCAUUUAUCAACAUGUUUAGGAAGAUAGGAUGUUUAUGUUGAAUUUGCCCAGGAAAUGACUACAUUGUCUAUAAUAAUAAUAAAAAAGAACUCUAAUUGUUUA